AUGAUUGGUGACCCACCUAAACUGACAAAAACCAACCACACACCAGUGAUGGGUGCGCUGGAUGAGGAGCUGGAGCGGGACGAGCGCGUCUUCCUGCUGGGCGAGGAGGUGGCCCAGUACGAUGGCGCCUACAAGAUCUCCAGGGGCCUCUGGAAGAAGUACGGGGACAAGAGGGUGAUGGACACCCCGAUCUCGGAGAUGGGCUUUGCAGGAAUCGCCGUGGGAGCCGCGAUGGCAGGGUUGAGACCGGUGUGCGAAUUCAUGACGUUCAACUUCUCCAUGCAAGCAAUUGACCAGGUGAUAAACUCUGCUGCCAAGACCUGUUACAUGUCAGCAGGAGCCAUCAGCGUUCCCAUCGUUUUCCGGGGUCCCAACGGGGCGUCGGCAGGAGUGGCUGCUCAGCAUUCCCAGUGCUUCGCUGCUUGGUACGGGCACUGCCCCGGCCUGAAAGUGGUCAGCCCCUGGAGCUCAGAGGAUGCCAAAGGGCUGCUGAAAGCAGCAAUCCGGGACGAUAAUCCAGUUGUGAUGCUGGAAAAUGAAUUACUGUAUGGUGUUCCCUUUGAAUUGUCUGAACAGGCACAAUCAAAGGAAUUUGUUGUCCCAAUUGGAAAAGCUAAAAUAGAAAGACAAGGAACUCACGUUACGUUAGUGUCACACUCAAGACCCGUUGGCCACUGUUUGGAAGCAGCUGCUGUACUUGCUAAAGAAGGUGUAGAGUGUGAGGUAAUAAAUAUGCGAACCAUUCGACCAAUGGACAUUGAAACAGUGGAAGCCAGUGUUGUAAAGACAAACCAUCUUGUCACUGUAGAAGGAGGUUGGCCACAGUUUGGAGUAGGAGCUGAAAUCUGUGCCAGGAUCAUGGAAGGAUCUGCCUUUAACUACUUGGAUGCUCCAGCUGUGCGUGUGACCGGUGCAGAUGUGCCUAUGCCUUAUGCAAAAAUUUUAGAAGAUAACUGCAUCCCUCAAGUGAAGGAUAUCAUAUUUGCAGUGAAGAAAGCUUUGAAUAUCUAAGCUGUAAAUACGUUUUAAAGUCUUGCUUUAAAAAGUAUCAAUGGUGUAGGGCAAGUCGUGUGCAUAACUUUGUUGUAUAACUCCAUGAACUUUUGUACAGUGGGGAAAGUUGCCUCCCAGAAUAUUUAUAUGGGGUGACCCUCUCAGCCACAGUUCGUAUAAGCAACAAUGUGGUAAUGCUUGUUUGUUAACCAUGCAGGUGGGUUAGUGCUAUUGUAUGUGGAGAAAAAAUUCUAAAUUC